AAUCCUGUAGCUUAUUGACUAUUUUCACUUACCUGUGACAGGUAACCGUUCGUGAUGCUAUUAAUCAAGGUAUGGAUGAGGAACUGGAGAGAGAUGAGAGGGUGUUUCUGCUUGGGGAAGAAGUUGCCCAAUACGAUGGGGCAUACAAGGUUAGUCGGGGCCUGUGGAAGAAGUACGGGGACAAGAGGAUCAUAGACACUCCCAUAUCUGAGAUGGGCUUUGCUGGCAUUGCUGUAGGUGCAGCUAUGGCUGGGUUGCGGCCCAUUUGUGAAUUUAUGACCUUCAAUUUCUCUAUGCAAGCCAUUGACCAAGUGAUAAACUCAGCUGCCAAGACCUACUACAUGUCAGCGGGCCUCCAGCCUGUGCCCAUCGUGUUCAGGGGGCCCAAUGGCGCCUCAGCAGGUGUAGCUGCCCAGCACUCACAGUGCUUUGCUGCAUGGUAUGGGCACUGCCCAGGCUUGAAGGUGGUCAGCCCCUGGAAUGCAGAGGACGCGAAAGGACUUAUUAAGUCAGCCAUUCGGGAUAACAAUCCAGUGGUGAUGCUAGAGAAUGAACUGAUGUAUGGAGUUGCUUUUGAAUUUCCUGCAGAAGCUCAGUCAAAAGAUUUUCUGAUUCCGAUUGGAAAAGCCAAAAUAGAAAGGCAAGGGACACAUAUAACUGUGGUUUCCCACUCGAGACCUGUGGGCCAUUGCUUAGAAGCUGCGACAGUGCUGUCUAAAGAAGGAGUCGAAUGUGAGGUGAUAAAUUUGCGUACUAUUAGACCAAUGGACAUCGAAACCAUAGAAGCCAGUGUCAUGAAGACUAACCAUCUUGUAACUGUGGAAGGAGGUUGGCCACAGUUUGGAGUGGGAGCUGAAAUUUGUGCCAGGAUCAUGGAAGGUCCUGCAUUCAAUUUCUUGGAUGCUCCUGCUGUUCGUGUCACUGGUGCUGAUGUCCCUAUGCCUUAUGCAAAGAUUCUAGAAGACAACUCUGUACCUCAGGUCAAAGACAUCAUAUUUGCUAUAAAGAAAACAUUAAAUAUCUAGUACAGGCUUGAACAUCAAGUCAUUGAAAUUUAUUUAAAAUACUUGCUGGGACUUCACCUGGAUUGGACUGCAAGAUCUUACUGCUCCUAGAGUAACUUGUAAGGCAUCGAUAGGCAUUUUUAGAC